CCUUCGUAUACUCUCCCUCUCUCUCAUUUUAGUUUUUGACUUGGUUUUCUCUGACACAGAGAGAGAGAGAGAGAGAGAGAGAGAGAGAGAGAGAGAGCAAUGAAGGGAGCUGAUGCCGCACUCUACAAUCCUCGCACAGUCGAGGAGGUUUUCAGAGAUUUUAAGGGCCGCAGAGCUGGCAUGAUCAAGGCUCUCACUUCUGAUGUUGAAAAGUUCUUUCAGAUGUGCGAUCCUGAGAAGGAGAAUCUUUCCUUAUAUGGAUAUCCUAGUGAGCAAUGGGAAGUCAACCUACCUGCUGAAGAAGUGCCUCCAGAACUGCCAGAGCCUGCACUUGGUAUCAACUUUGCAAGAGAUGGUAUGCAAGAAAAAGACUGGCUAUCUUUGGUUGCUGUUCAUAGCGAUGCAUGGCUAGUUUCUGUUGCCUUCUACUUUGGUGCCAGAUUUGGGUUCGAUAAGGCUGACAGGAAGCGACUUUUUAACAUGAUUAAUGAACUUCCAACAAUAUUUGAAGUUGUGACUGGUACUGCAAAAAAACAAGUAAAAGAGAAGUCAUCUUCAAAUCAUGGUAGCAACAAAUCCAAGUCGAACUCCAAAGCGCGAGGAUCAGAAUCUCAGGGAAGACAUUCAGAAGUGGUGCAGCCAAAGGACGAAGACGAGGGCUUGGACGAAGAGGAGGAAGAUGAACGUGAAGAGACAUGCGGGGCAUGUGGUGGAGGCGGCCCAUCCUCAUUAGAUGAACCCUGGAUUUUUUGUGACUUCUGUGAGACAUGGUUCCAUAUGAAGUGCGUGAAGAUAACCCCCGCAAGAGCAAAACAGAUUAAGCAGUACAAAUGCCCUUCAUGCAACAACAAGAGAGCUAGGCCUGAUUAAAAAUUAAAUACCCAAUAGCUUGAUAAAUACUCAUAUAAGUUUAUUCUCAAAAAUCUGAUCUGUUUAAGACUAUUUGUAACCUGCUUUUAUAAUUUGCUUCUAGUGGUUCUCUUCCAGGCUACGUUUAGUGACAGAUUUUCUUCUUUUCUUUUUAGUCCUACGAAACAUUUGCGACUUUUUAAAUAUAUCUAUCCAAGUAAUUCUUAGUAUUAAACAUCC